ACAGCUAAGACAUGAAUGUACAAAUAACUCAGUACAUAAAUUAGAAACCACUUUCAUUUUAGUUUAUAAUUUAUUUAUGCUUGAUUCUAGAUAAUGACUGGGAAGCCAGUGCACAAGACCACUCUUAUUAGGUAACCUCCUGUCUUAAGAGACAGCUCCAAAGGGUUUGCAGAUAUAAUGGAAUACGUGCUGCUCAGGUUUUAUUAGAAGACCACCACAAGCUAUUUCUUGUUGCCUGAGUGGUCCCUUAAAAAGGUUUUACUAUAAUUAAAAUAAAUGGCAAGCAAAUCAUCCAGAAAAUUUCCAGUAUGCACUAAAUCUAUAGUUAAUUAGUCUUCAACAAGUUAGGGUUUUUUAACUUUAUUACAUCUUAACAAUUUCUGUUUUAUGAACUUAGAAAACAUCCAAAUAUAAAUGAAGAAAGAAAAAAACAGGGAUAAAAUAGGUAUCCAAACACAGGGGAAUACAGAAAAAGUGCAGGAAGACACAAAGAAGUAGGCUGUUCACUCAAGUUCAAAUACAAUAGAAUCCCCAGUUACAGUGUUACGACAGCCCUGGUAUCCACAAAGAUCAAACCUGUUUGUUGAGAUAGUCUCUAGUGUAAGAUGUUCAUGCCCACGGUUCCACAACAAAAAUCUCUCGCAGCAAUUGGACACCAUGGCCAUGAGCAGACAUUAAUGGACAUAUGCUCCCUUUUUUGAGCCAGAUUCCUUGGUGGGUCUGAUGGCCUGCGUGAAAUGAAACACUGAUCCAUAUCACUGCAUGGUCUUUUUUGAGUCAUUGCUUGUCACAUCAUCCCCUCCAGGAAAGUUUGGGGGCAGAAUGGAAUGCUCAACAGGGGCAUAGACAUCUCUUCUUGCAGAGGCUGAGGAUCCAUGAGGGAAAAUAAAGGGGGAUCUCAGUUUUUGUGGAUCUCAGCAUAUGUUUCCUCUAAACUACCCCUACAACACAGAUAGAACAGCAGUCUACCCUGGCAUGCUGCCACUGGUUUUUCUUUCACCUGCUGCCCACCAUACCUCCUGCAUAGUUUGUCAAGCAAUGGUGUUAUCUCUGCUCGGAGCUGCCCCAAGAACAGAAAAAACCCAUAGAAACUGUCUUGUGACUACACCCCCUACCCACUUAGCUAGCACCUAGUUCCGCAGAGCUCAGAUUCCAUGUCGGAGCCACAGAGGGGUGGGGCUAGUGCUUAUGCCAUGGGAUGCUACCGUAUAAACCUUCCUCCACAUGUGCAGGACCCUUCUGCAUCUCCUUUCUUACAAAGUGGUUUUUAUUUUGUUUUGUUUACUCAUAAUUUUCCUCCAUUUUGGAGCAAUAUAUUUAAAAGGAAUAGAACACUGCUGUAUUUCUAGCACUCCUGCUUCAAGGAACACAUAUCCACACACAUUAUCUCAUAGUGCAAAGUACCAUAGACUCACAUCGCAGUGAGCAAUACACACAAUACGUGAGAGUCACUGGCCAGAAGUCUUCCUUCAUGUUUGGCAGACUUCACACAGCUAUGAGAAACACACCAUCCCACAUCCAGCCACACUGAGUGCCCCUUUCAGGUAUCCCUUGCCGCUGGCACCAGCCCCUACAACACUUGCUUUGGCAACCUUCCUCCGCUCCUUCAACCCGCAUGUCCCACAAACUGAAGUUUUCUUUGUUUGAUCAUCUUGAUGUCAGGUGUCCAGUUAUGCUGUAAAUUCAGGCGAUUAUCUCUUCGUUUGUCCUGUGGGAGAUAUAGCUAACAUGCAUUGCCUGCAGCAUUUCAAUUCAAAGGCAGAAAGCUUCUUAAUGUCCUGUUUGCUUAACUUCCAUGUCUCCCAUGCAUACAGCAAGAGGCUAACAACAAAAGACUGCAGCAAUUUCAGUUUACACUACAUGGUAAUACCUUUGUUUCUCCAGAUGUGGCUGAAUGUCACGAGAGCAGCAGUAGCUAGUCCAGUUCUAUGUUGGAUCUCUCACUGAUAUUUAAAGUGCCUUGCAGUGAUACUAGUCGCGUAUUUGAAGUGUACAAUGCACACCAAUGCCAUUUUAGGGGGUUCAGCCACCACUACCCCAGCCGUGUUGUUUGACUCCUUCAAUGGAGAUGAGGGCAACACGGAAGGAGGUUUUGGGGACGAAGAAGAUGAUGAUGAUGAUGAUGAUGAGGUUGUAGAUAGCUCACAGCAAGCAAGCGGAGAAACCGGUUUUCCCGACAGCCAGGAACUGUUUCUCACCCUGGAUCUGGAGCCAGUACCCCCCGAACCCACCCAAGGCUGCCUCCUGGACCCGGCAGGCGGAGAAGGGACUUCCGCUGCAUGUGUUUCAAUGAUCACAGGAUCUUCUCCUUCCCAGAGGCUAGUGAAGAUUAGAAAGAAAAAAAAAUGCACUCGUGAUGAAAUGUUCUCUGAGCCCAUGCUGUCCUUCCACACUGACAGAGCACAGACGAAUGCAUGGAGGCAAAUAAUGUCAGAGUGCAGGAAAGCACAAAAUGACCGGGAGGAGAGGUGGAGGGCUGAAGAGAGUAAGUGGCGGGCUGAAGAGAGUAAGUGGCGGGCUGAAGACAGGGCUGAAGCUCAAAUGUGGCGGCAGCAUGAUGAGAGGAGGCAGGAUUCAAUGCUGAGGCUGCUGAAGGAUCAAACCAGUAUGCUCCAGUGUAUGGCUGAGCUGCAGCAAAGGCAGCUGGAGCACAGAUUGUCACUACAGCCCCUGUGUAACCAACCGCCCUCCUCCCCAAGUUCCAUAGCCUCCACACCCAGACGCCCAAGAACGCGGUGGGGGGGCCACUGGCCAACCAGCCAUUCCACCACAGAGGAUUGCCCAAAAAAAAGAAGGCUGGCAUUCAAUAAAUUUUAAAGUUGUAAACGUUUAAAGUGCUGUGCUUAAAGUGCUGUGUGGCAUUUUCCUUCCCUCCUCCACCACCCCUCCUGGGCUACCUUGGUAGUCAUCCCCCUAUUUGU